AUGAGGUAUGAAGGGCUAAAUAAGAAUCAGUCAAAAGAAGAAGAAAAUAAGUUGAAUGAUGAAAGGGUUACUGAAUACCUUAAGAAAGAAGAGGAGACCCCACCUGUGAAUAUUGAGCAUCAUGUUAGAAUUCCAUAUCCACAAAGACUUCGUAAGCAUAAUUUAGAUAAACAGUUUGCAAAGUUUUUAGAGGUGUUCAAGAAGCUACAUAUAAAUAUACCGUUCGCAGAAGCAUUAGAACAGAUGCCCAGCUAUGUAAAGUUUAUGAAGGAGAUUCUCUCUAAUAAGAGAAAGAUGGGUGACUACAAAAUAGUGGCAUUAACGGAAGAAUGUAGUGCAAUUUUGCAAAGGAAGCUUCCUAAAAAGUUACGAGAUCCUUGGAGUUUUACUAUUCCAUGCACGAUUGGGGAGUUUGAAUGUAAGCAUGCACUUUGUGAUUUGGGGGCGAGUAUUAAUUUAAUGCCUUUGUCAGUAUUCCGUAGACUUGGUUUGGGGGAAGCUAGGCCAACCACAGUAACAUUGCAGCUGGCUGAUAGAUCUGUGAAGCAUCCACAUGCAACUGGGCAAGCAUUGAUAAAUGUGCAAAAAGGAGAGUUAAAGCUAAGAGUUCAAGGGGAAGAAGUAGUAUUUAAUGUGUUUAAGGCUAUGACUUAUCCUAAAGCAAGUGAUAGUUGUUUCUCAGUUGAUGUGGUCGAAGAAGUAGUAGGAAGAAAAAAAUUAAGUGAGGAUCCUCUUGAAUUAAGUCUUAUAGUUGAUGAUGUAGAUUGUGAGGAAAAUGAAGAAGUGAUGAGUUAUUUGAAGUGGAUAAAAUCAUCUGAGCCAUGGAAGCAUAAGAAGUUUGAAGAAUUGGGUGAAGGACCAGAAAGACCAUUACCAUCGAUUCUGAAGCCACCUGUUUUAGAAUUGAAAGUUUUACCAGACCAUCUCCGUUAUGCUUAUCUUAGGGAAAAAGAGACUCUUCCAGUUAUAGUUUCAUCAUUUCUUUCAGAAGUAGAGGAGGAGAAGCUGUUGAGGGUGCUAAGAGCUCAUAAAACUGCUAUAGGAUGGACUCUGGAUGAUAUAAGAUGA